AUGAUAUCCAAAGGUUCAGACGAGAUUAUCGAUAGCUUGUCCUCAGUUUCAGAGAACAAGCCAGCAGAUGCACUAUUUCACUCCAAGGAGGAGGAGGAACAGAUUUUGCUGGAUAUGGCAAAUGAUCCAUGGUCCGAGAGAAAAGUUUUGUGGAAAAUAGAUUUGUUUGUUUGUACGAAUCUUUUCUUAAUCGCUUUCUUAGAAUUCCUUGAUAAGAAUUCCCUAGGUAUUGCGGCUGUUUAUACAUUGAAAGAAGACACAAAUUUACAUGGUUCUCAAUUUUCCACAGUUGCUUCUACUUUUUAUUUCGGUUAUUUAUUAGGUGAGUUCAUAUCCUUUUUUUUGUUGCCACGAGUUAGAAUUGGCAAAUUUGUGUCUAUUUGUUUGUUCAUUUGGGGCGGCUUACUUAUGUGCAUGGCUGCAUGUCAUAGCUUUGGUGGUUUGGUUACCGUGAGGUUUUUUCUUGGCGUAUUUGAAGCCGGAAUAUUACCGUCUUUUAUGAUUAUUAGCGGAAUGUGGUGGAAGAAAUCAGAACAACCACUAAGAUCUACAUUAUAUUUCAACACCCUUGCUGGUAUUCUUGGUGGGGUCUUCGGACACUGUAUUGGACUAAUAAAGGGGAAAUUACCAGCUUGGAAGUAUAUUUUUCUCAUUUACGGCUCUGCUACUUGUUUCUACGCAACAAUUCUGUUCUUUAUCUUUCCAGAUAAUAUUAAAGGUGCAUGGUUUUUAAGCAGAAGGGAGAAACAAAUUGCGCAUUUACGUGUUCUUGCGGACCAAACAGGUGGAAGUCAUGAUUCAAAGCACAAAUUGAAAAUUUAUCAAAUCUGGGAGGCUUUGUUGGAUCCCAAAUAUUAUAUUGUUGUUGCAUUUAUUAUAUGUCAGUCCAUCUGUAAUUCGGGACUAACAAAUUUCAAUCCUCUUAUAAUCAAAGGUUUUGGGUUUUCUGCUCUCAAAACAACACUUAUGGCGUCUCCUCAGGCAGCAGUUGCCUUGGGAGGUGGUAUGCUGAUAACAGCAAUCUGCAUGUGGAUUCAUAAUAUUAGGUGCUUAUUGUGGGUAUUAACGUGUCUACCUGCUUUAGCUGGGGCUAUUAUGGUAAAUAAGAUUGAUCCACACGAAAAUCGACAUGCUGCAUUAGCUGGAAUUUAUUUGAUGGGAUUCUACAAUGUGCCAUGGACAUUAAUGUUGGCGUUGGUAUCUUCAAACACCUCAGGAUCUACCAAGAAGACGUUCAUGUAUGUUUCUGUUGCAGUUUGGUAUGCAGUUGGUAACAUUAUCGGUCCAUAUUUUUUCAAAGGUUCUCAAGCACCAAAGUAUCCGAUGGGGAUACAUGCCAUGGAAGCUUCCUUUUCAAUUAUGGCGUUCACCGGUAUCCUUUACUAUCUUAUGCUGAGAAUACAGAAUAAACAAAAGCAAUCGUUAACUAUGAAUGAUAUAAAACACUUAGAAUACGCGGAACAAUCAAUCGAUAAUGAUUUGACUGAUAAAGAAAACCAUACUUUUGUUUAUGUUUAUUAG